AUGAGUAUGUCAGUAACUCGAUCAUUUAAUAAGCAAAAUGAAACCAACAAAGGUUUUAGGCAGCAGCGGGUACACGACUAUCUGUAUGGUGAGUUAGCUAACGUUAGCUAGGUAGCUUGUUUGCAAUAAUUAGCUAGACAGUUUGCAACCGAACAUGAACUGUUUUUGUUGUGGAUGUUGCAUUACAGACCCCAUAUAUACUGUAUCCGGGGAAAUGGACCAUGCAAGGGCCAGCUUCAAGGCACAUGCAUCUGUGGACCGGGUGGUAAGUUAAUUAACGUUAGCUAGCUAGCAUAGCAACCUGGACCUAACCCUUACUUUCAAAUGAACUUUCAUGUGAUUACAGAUUCACAAUCAAUGCUCAUCUCUCUCUUCAUAUGUCAGUAAUGUCACAUGUUUCCAUGACUCUAAUGCCCUAGCUAAUAGGACUUUUCCUGACCUCCGGUUCCCAUUAACAGUUUUUCUUAUCAUGCAAGGAUUUAUUUUGAGAAUAAAUUCAAUUCACACCUGAUGAAAUAAUGGUAAUAUUAUUAACCCAAUAAUCUGACAGUAACCCUGUAACCCCGUGACCCGGUCACCGUAACAGCCCUAACCCUGUCAGAGAUCUCUCUCCAUGUCCCCCUGCUCAGAGGAAGGUUCCAGAGUAUGGGUCCAUGUUCAGUCACCUACCUCACCACCCUCGUUAUGCCCUGCGUCUGGACACCACUGACCCUGUGCCCACUUUUAUUGACCGCCGCUGGCGAGGGCACACAGAGCAGCACAGAGAGGCAGUUCAGCAGCUGGCAGGGUAACAAACAUACAUGCUAUCCCUACAGAGGAUAAAUCUUUGGAUACUAUAUUAGAUAGAUUGAAGUUAAAUUCAUACACUAUAUAUACAAAAGUAUGUGGACACCCCUUCAUAGUAGUGGAUUCGGCAAUUUCAGCCACGCCCGUUGCUGACAGGUGUAUAAAAUUGACUACACAGCCAUGCAAUCUCCAUAGACAAACAUUGGCAGCAGAAUGGCCUUACUGAAGAGCUCAGUGACUUUCAACGUGGCACCGUCAUAGGAUGCCACCUUUCCAAAAAGUCAGUUCGUAAGAUUUCUGCCCUGCUAGGGCUGCCCCAGUCAACUGUAAGUGCUGUUACUGUGAAGUGGAAACGUCUAGGAGCAACAACGGCUCAGCCGCGAAGUGGUAGGCCACACAAACUCACAGAACGGGACCACCGAGUGCUGAAGCGCAUUGUGCGUAAAGAUCGUCCUCGGUUGCAACACUCACUACCGAGUUCCAAACUGCCUCUGGAAGCAACGUCAGCACAAUAACUGUUCAUCGGGAGCUUCAUGAAUAGGUUUCCAUGGCCGAGCAGCCACACACAAGUAAAGUUUGGUGGAGGACUAAUAAUGGUCGCGGGCUGUUUUUUAUGGUUCAUGCUAGGCCCCUUAGUUCCAGUUAAGGGAAAUCUUAAUGCUACAGCAUACAAUGACAUUCUAGAUGAUUCUGUGCUUCCAACUUGGUGGCAACAGUUUGGGGAAGGCCCUUUCCUGUUUCAGCAUGACAAUGCCCCUGUACACAAAGCGAGGUCCAUACAGAAAUGGUUUGUUGAGAUCGGUGUGGAAGAACUUGAUUGGCCUGCACAGAGCUCUGACAUUAACCCCAUCGAACACCUUUGGGAUUAAUUGGAAUGCCGACUGUGAGCCCGGCCUAAUCUACCCCACAUUAGUGCCCGACCUCACUAAUGCUCUUGUGGCUGAAUGGAAGCAAGUCACCGCAGCAAUGUUCCAACAUCUAGUGGAAAGCCUUUCCAGAAGAGUGGAGGCUGUUAUAGCAGCAAAGAAGGGAUCAGCUCCAUAUUAAUUCCCAUGAUUUUGGAAUGAGAUGUUCGACGAGCAGGUGUCCACAUACUUUUGGUAAUGUAGUGUAUUUCAUAUUCUUGAUUUACUUGAUUAUUAAGGCACAUGUUUGUCUUUUUGUUUUUGUUAGGGUCAUUCCUGGUGCUCAGUUUCAGGUCACAGGGAGCGAAUACAGCAGCGUGUCAGGCAUUGAUCGUUGGAAGUUUUUCAAGUGGUGAGAGAGAGCACGUUCCCGUAAUGCAGCAGCAGGACAGAGUGGGAUCACAUGGUUAAAUAAUGAAUGGUGUCAGAGAGGACACCAGGGCCUGAAGGAAGACUCAGGCAUCAAAUCAUGACAGCAUCAGAGAUCAUUUGUGUCAUGAGAGUCAAAUUACACAACCGUCAUUAUCCUCGCUGUAGCACCAGCGGCAUGGUCACUGGAUUGAAUGUACAAAAUAGAACCAGUUAAAACCAGUAAUUAUGAUUUUUGUGUCAGUUCAGAUGGAUUUGACUCUGUUUGAGUGUGUAGUGUUGAAGUAAAACAGUGAUUGUUGAGCAAAUGAUGGAUGCAAACGUCUUGUGAAAUGUUUCUGAUUAUGUUUUCACUCAUUCUUCUAUUCCUUUCCCUCGCUCAGCCCCCUGAUCCCCUUUGCACAGCAGGUUCCCCCCAAUGUGGUCUUUGCAUUGCCCAAGUAAGUCAUGCUGGAUACCGCCAAAGUCCCCUGAAAAAUGCUGUAAACAUAUUAGGAACCCCUCUCUUCUCUAUCUCUCUCUUUCCCUUCCUCCCUCCUCUCAGAGCUAACCCCUACUCUACAGUGGAGGGGGGUAAUGAGCAGCUGCCCACUCCAUUCCAGCGCACCAUGGGAGUACAGACUGACUAUAGGGACAGUGAGGCCCAGACGGACCCCUACACCCCUGAAUACGUGGUACGGCCCGGGACGACCCCCCCAGAGCUGCUGACACUGGCCACACUGACAUGGGGUGCAUACGAGCUCAGAGACCCUACCGCUUCACCUCCUGUUGCACCUCUACAAUACUUCUACGGCAGGACAGGCCAUUCUGACCCAUCCUCAAACAUGUUCCAACACUACACAACUCCCUCCACCUUGACUCCUCUGACCCUAACCUCUCUCCCUCUACCCCCACAGGUCGUGGUCUUCCGGCGGGGCUGGCGGAGGUGGAGAUGAUUGAGCGAGCCAGGGUGAAGCGGGCGUGGGAGGCCACCCUGCCACCCAUGGACGACCUGAGUCAACUGGACAAGAGGAAGAGGAUGAUGGACGAGAUGGAGAGGAAGGAGUGGGCCUUCAGGGAGGACGAGAUCCAGAAGUGAGUGAACGAGGGAAUAAAGGAAGGAAUGCACCACAUGAGCAGCUUCAACUACUCUACCAUCUUCUGUUUAUUCUUCCCACCCUUGUCCACCCAUCCCUGCUCUCCCUCCCCUUGCCCCACUGUCAUUCUCCCCCUUCUACCCCAGGCUGCAGGAGGCUCGCCUGGCCCUACUGAUGGGUCUACUGAGGCAGAGGGAGGAGGUUCAAAAAGAGGCCACGGUGGACAGGCUGGACCUCAAGUACUCCCAGCACCAGAGAGACAAGGAGAGCAAGCUCAGCAAGAUACGCAAUGACUACAUCAUCUGUAAGACAAUGGGUGUUUCUCAAUAUGCGUUCUACCGUGCUCCACACUCUGAUGCUCCGAGUGCAUUCUCCGACGACGUUCUCUUGAGUACGUUCUUGUGAGGACGAGAGUGUGGAGAAUGAAUAAAACAUUUUAUUUGAGAAGCACUCGUACUCCCCCUACUGUAUUACCUCACGCUUCACCUCCCCAUUCCCCUCCCCAUUCACUGCGCCACUCGGGAGCCCCUGGUUCGAUUCCAGGCUGUAUCACAACCGGCCGUGAUUGGGAGUCCCAUAGGGCGGCGCACAAUUGUCCCAGCGUCGUCCGGGUUUGGCCGGUGUAGGCCGUCAUAGUAAAUAAGAAUUUGUUCUUAACUGACUUGCCUAGUUAAAUAAAGGUAACAUUUAAACAUUUAAAAACCUUCUUCCAGCCAGGACAAUGGCAACAAUAGACGAAACAAGAUAUACACAUGGCAAACGUUUUACUUCAUAAUUAUCAGCUAGAUAUGUACAUUGUAAUAAUCUGGUUAGCCAGCUAGUUAAACAGGCAAAAAUGACCUAAAACUAAUGUUAUGCAAGGUAGAUGUACAUUUUUGGUGGGUAGCUACCAAUUCUUUGUGGCUAGCUAGGUAUCCAGUUAGCACUAUUGACUUACUAUGGACUUGGGUCUUACUCAUUCACUGAGCCGUCUUCCAGCCAGGACAAUGGCAAUGAGAUGAAACAAGAUAUACACAAAGCAACCGUUUUACUUCAUAACUAUCAGAUAGUUUAACAGGCAAAAUGGACCUAAAACUAAUAUUAUGUAAGAUAUAUAUCAAUUCUUCGUGGGUAGCUAGCUAACAAUGAUUUGUGGCUAUCUGGCUAGCUAACAGUAGUAGCUAGCCAGUUAGCCCUAUUGACUUAUUAUGGGCUUGCGAUCUACGGUACGUAGGCAGGUAAACAUGCCAAAAUUAACACAGCAUGUAUUUAUUAACAUAUCAAGAUCAAAUGUUGUAGUCAGGCAACAUAUGAGAUGUGAAUAGGCAACAUUUCAUUCCGAAGUCGGAGUGUAUUUUCUCUUGCUUCAGCUCAAAUAUUGGCUGCCAUUGAUUUAAAGAACUUUUGCGUAAUUUUUUAUGUGGUUGUGUCAUAUUUCUUUGCAUACUUACCAUUGAAGCUUGCAUCGAUGCAUGCUUAAAAAUAUGUACAAACGGAGUACGCAUUUGACAAGUGCUCCCUGCUCCAUUUAGCAUACUUUGAUUUGGACUCAUACUCCAACCCUCCCUUGCUCCAACUUGCGUGCCCGGAGCACGGUAGAAUGCAUUUAGAGAAACACCUAAUGUCUGACUUCUGUCCAGGGCAAUGAUGCAUAGAAGUUCUGCCUAUUUACAUUUUGCAUGUCAUAAAUCACUGUGAUAUGCUCUGAUAACUGUUUAAACAACUCUAACCUUCCCUUUACCUUUGAUUUAAUACGAUGAGAACAGUGGGGUCUCUUUAUCGUUCUCCUUCUAUUCCACUCUUUCUCCCUCUCUCCUUCCCCCUUUCUCUCUCUCUUUUCCCUCCCUCUCUCUCCUCUCUCAGCGAUGAGGAAGCUGACGGCGAAAAGAAAGAAUGUGGAGAGAAAGUUGGAGCGCCGUGACAUCAUCAAGGACUACUCCAACUACUCAUCUCAGACGUACGCCCCUCUGUCCCGCAUCGGCCUGUUCCCCGACCGCCACUCCCAACGCAACGUGGUCAAGAGCCGCUACCUUGAUACCUACGAAGGUUUGGGUGUGCUGAUCUAGGAUCAGUUUGAUAUUUUAAGAUCAUUAUGAAUAAGAUUACAUGGACAUGGGGGACCUGAUCUUAGAUCAGGUCCUACUCUGAGAAAAAUGAGUACAGACCUUGAAUCUCAAAGUGAUGGUGUUUUAAUAGUGCCAGAUCAUCAAAAUUGCUAAGGUACAGUAGAAGGUAGUGAGCUCCCACUUGUCUUCCUAUCUGUCAAUCACAGGUCUGCUGGAGCUGGAGGCGGGACUUCCGGUCUCAGUGACAGAGCCAUGUAUCAAAGCCCCCGUACCCAAAGUCAGCAAGGGCUUCGUCAAACGCUCUGCACGCAGAGAGAUGGAGCUCAUGAAGACACACCAGGUCACACACACAAACACACACACACACACGCACACACACACACACACACACUCAAAAUAUGUAUAACACUCUUUUUGUCCCUCCAUCUGCAGGCUCUGAAGGAGGAGAAGACUCGUGUGGAGGAGAAGAAGACCCUGCGCUUCCUCUUUAAGACAGAGAAACCUGUUCCUCGACCACAGACCCCCAUGGUGGACGAGCCCCCUGAGGUACAGUACAGUCUGUCUCAACACACCGUCUGGAGAUGUACACUAUCCCCCCUCUCUCACUAUGUGGUUUGUAGCACAUCUCUUUAAUUUCUCUUCACCCUGUCAUUCCUGUGUGUCUCCAGGGGGACGAGGAGAGAGAGCUGGCUGUCAUCUACUUGCAAAAGCUGCUGAGAGGAAGAAGCAUUCAGAACCAGGUGUGUUUUUAUGAAGAGAAUGAUAAGCUGAUCAUAGAUCUGCACUGAAGACCAACCUCUAUGACAAACCAACCUUUCUCUGUGUGUGUCUGAUGUUGUGUGAUGUCAUCUCUGUGCGCCGCUGUCUAUCUGUAUGUGUGUGUGUCAGAUGUUUGAGGGGAAGGAGAAGCGUCUGGAGCUGAUCCAGGAGCUGAGAACCACUCACGCCCUGCAGAGAGAGGAGCAGGAGCUCCAGAGAGCAGACACACAGCGCACACUGGCUCUGCAGAGACAGAGAGACCAACACACACACAAGGUGAGAGAGGAAACACACACACACACACAGGUACAGACACCUCUUUCCUCCUCCAUCCCUCACUCUCCCAUCUUCCUGUCCCAGGCAUCCUUGGUGGAGGGGUACCAGGCCGGUGUGGCAGGGGCGGAGCUUGUGGACAUGCUGGACUUCCUAUCGAAGGAGCUGAUUCGCAUACAGGAGGAACGCAGGAUCCAUGCCUUCACCCUAUUGGCCGAGAGAGACAGGCGCCUCCGAGAGGCCGAGGAGAGUGGGCGGAGACAGAUGGAGGAGAGGAGACGUAGAGAGGAGGAUGAGAUCUUCAAACAGGUGUCUGAGUGUGUGUGUGCGUGCGUGUAUGUGUGCGUGUGUCUGCCUGCAUGCGCACGCCCGUGUGUGUGUGUCGUGUGUGUGUGUGUAAUGCCUGUACUGUCCUGUAGGUGAUGAGGGUGCAUCAGGAGACAGUAGAUCUGUACCUGGAGGACAUCAUCCUGGGGACUCUAGACCGGACAGCAGACCAACAGGCCAGACAGGAGAUACGCAGGGUGGCAGAGGAGGUCAACAACAUCGCCUACGCCAUGGAGGAGACGUAAGACACACACACACACACACACACACACACACACACACACACACACACACCAGGGUUUCCGUUAGCCGGUAAUAGCUGGCUUUUGGCCUAUAAUACUUUUUGAAAAAUUUAAAUUGCCGCUGGCCAAUUGUCCGGGAGAAGAAGAAAAAUUCCAUUGCGAAAUAAUGCUUUUUAGCCUAUUCAUUCAUGGAAAUACCAGUCGAUGUAAAUACAUUUGACUGGUCAUGCUUAUCGGUCUAGAGGUUAAUUUGCAUAAUUUAGUGGAAUUAAAUUGGCGCAUGUAGGCUACAGUAUAUUCGUUAUGUAUCUUAUUUAUCACACGCAUACAACAUACAGAUACAGAGCCUUUGAGCUGAAAAUCUGUCAGACAGCGCGAGAGCUGCUGCUACAGCAUCUCAAAUGACAACGGAAGGCAGGCUUCAUCAGCGCGUCACACACCAUGUUGCAGUGAGCUGGAGGCGGUAGGCUAUGCAUUUUGAAAACAUAUACUUAAUUGUUUGAAACCUGAACGUUUUAAUACAUAUUAUGAGGCAUGUCUUAACUUGCUUUAAAGUAGCCUAUUAGAUCUCCUCUCUUUCUAAAUUUCAAACAGAUAUUUUCAUCUCUGUCGCAUGAAACAACUAGCAUGUGCGGUGCCCUUUAGAUAUGGAACAAACAUAUGUGCAUAGCCUACUGCCCUGUGUGCGCAUUGCUGUGCUUAUAAUGUGAAGAAAUAAUAGUUUAUUAACAUUUUAAGCUAAACGUUCUUAUCUGUUGCACAGGCUCAUUGCUUUUUAAUGUUUUUUUUUAUGUAACCUAGGCCUACUGGCCUACACAACUGUCCCAGAGGCAGUUUGGAAUAGGCUAUUUCUUUCUCGACAAGCUGACCUAUAGAAUAGGUAUAGGUUUCUACUAUGGGGGAUAGUAUAUUAACAGGCUAGUGAUUUUGCUGUUCGUUACUGGUCUUGUUGGCUGAGGAAAAGUAAACAUGGACAGUUAUUCUAACAUCUUCAAAGUGCACAUCAGAAUUCGGUAAGAAGGACCGCACAUCGUUGCAUCCUCGACCUGCAUGUUCUGUUAAUAUGAAUUACCAUAUUCUAAAUGUGAUUUCUGUCACUCCGAGCACCAUGGGUGGAUGCCCUAAUCGGGUGAUGCACCCAAUGCAUAUGGGUCCGGCAGAUUUCUCAAAUGUCCGGUAAAUUUAAAUGUUGCCGGUCAACUGUCCGGCGCCACAUUUUCCUAACUGAAACCCUGACACACACGCCAUCUAACAUACCACCCAUACACACUGUAUCUCUGUAUCUUUGUAUUGCAAAUUGUAAAAGCUGUCCCCUUCUCUGUGUCUUUCUGUGUGUGUGUGUGUGUAGUCGGAGCAGCCUGCAGUCAGAGGAGAUCGUAGCAGAGCUGGUGUACAGCUUCCUGAUCCCUGAGGUGCAGAAGAUCAACGUCAGAGACAGAGGUGGGACGUUUAUUCCCAAAGCACCCAGUACCAUCACAUACUGAUAAUACAUGAUAGCAUAGUAGCACAGUAAUAAUAACAUAACAAUAGUUUAGUCUCUUCAUCUACCUUUCUCUCUGUCUCUCCUUCCCUCUCUCUCUCUCUUGCUCUCUCUCCCCUCCCCCUUUCUUCUCUCUCUCCCUCCCUUCAUCCCUGCCUUCCUCCAGUGCGUCAGAGCCAGCGCAGGCACCUCCAGGCGGCUCACCAGAUCAUCCACGGGGGUGAAGAGAGCUCCGUGGCCCCUCCUCCCGGCCCCUCUGGAGCCCAGCGCCCCCCCUCGCCCUCGGACAGGGCCUCCAGCCAGCUGCUGGAGGAGAUGCUAACCCAUGUGGAACAGGAGCUGGAGGGAACAGGCAGGGGAGAGGAGUAG